GUGUGCGAACUCUCGUGGUCUGUGUGCGUUGUGCACGUACUGUGUGCUAGCUUGCUGUUGGCCGGACGAGCUAGCUAGCGAAAUGGGUCGCGGGGGCGACGUCGACGCGGCGGGCGCGCUGCGGCGGUUCGUGCGGGAAGCGGGAGGGUGCGCCGUGGUGGACGGCGGGCUAGCGACGGAGCUGGAGGCCCACGGCGCGGACCUGCGGGACGAGCUCUGGAGCGCCCGCUGCCUCCUCUCCGCCCCUCACCUCAUCCGCAAGGUGCAUUUGGACUACCUCGACGCCGGCGCCAACAUCAUAACCUCGGCGUCGUACCAGGCGACGAUCCAGGGGUUCCAGGAGAGGGGCCUGUCGCGGGAGCGGAGCGAGGCGCUGCUGCGGCGGAGCGUCCACAUCGCGCAGGAGGCGCGCGCCAUCUUCGCGGAGGGCUCGUCCAAGGGCCCCUUCGCCACGCACGGGAUCCACCACCACCGCUCCGCCGCCUCCUCGGCGCGCUGCCCCGUGCUCGUGGCCGCCUCCGUCGGUAGCUACGGCGCCUAUCUCGCCGACGGCUCCGAAUACACCGGAGAGUAUGGCAGAUCGGUGACCAAGGAGACGCUCAAGAGCUUCCACCGGAGGCGUCUGCAGGUGCUCGCCGACGCGGGGCCCGACCUCAUCGCGUUCGAGACGAUCCCGAACAAGCUGGAGGCACAGGCCUACGCCGAGCUUAUGGAGGAGGAGGACAUAAGGAUCCCGGCGUGGCUCUCCUUCACCUCCAGGGACGGAGCCAGCGCGGCGAGCGGUGACCCCAUCGCCGAGUGCGCCGCGGUGGCCGACUCCUGCGCGAGGGUCGCCGCCGUCGGGGUGAACUGCACGGCCCCCAGGCUGAUCCACGGCCUGGUCCUCUCCAUCAGGAAGGUGACGAGCAAGCCGGUCGUCGUGUACCCCAACAGCGGGGAGACCUACGUGCCCGAGACCAAAGAAUGGGUGGAGUCGGACGGCGGCGGUGCGUCGGAGACGACGGACUUCGUGUCGUGCGUCGGCAGGUGGAGGCGGGCGGGCGCCGCACUCGUCGGGGGAUGCUGCAGGACGAGCCCGGCCACGGUGAGGGCCAUCUCGCGGGCGCUGCGUGAACCGGAUGGUGACGCCGCGAGCCCCGAUGACGACGACGACGAUUUGCCGGCGGUGGCCGUGCUCUAGUUAUUUGUUAUCGAUCGUUUAGUCUUGUUGUUAAGCGCGCGGUUUUUACAUAUUUAUGCUUCAAACAGUGACAAAAUGGGAAUAAAGUGGUUUGAUCUAUGCAACAAUUUAUUCGUCUAUUCGAUUCUCAGUACUUCUUUCAAAUACUGCCUGCCAGUCCCCGAAGAACACAAUCUUGUAACAAUAAAGGGCAAAGGCUGUGAUUGAGAAAGAUGUUGGAUUAUGGAUU